GCUGGAGCUGGAGUAGGCCUGCUCUUCAUUCUGCCAAGGCUGCUUGGAACCCUGCUGGGAGCACCUCGGGCGUCCCCGUUGGAGAAGGUCCUCACAGAUUUGGGCAUCAACUUCACUGCGAUGAUCUUCCUUGGAUUCCUGACAUAUCAGGAAUGGAAUGGUGAAUCAGUACGAUCUCAAGCCAAAGAGGAAGGUGCUUUGAUUGCUCGCCUUCCCGUUCAAGUCAACCUCAAUGGAAAGGAUGUCGAUGUCAAGCUGAGUGAUCUGCGGAAUGGGCGCCAACUUCUUCCUCGGCGGCCUGUUAUCUGCAUUGGAAAUGAGCAAUUCUGCUUGGAUUGUAUCGAUGCCUCACAGAAGGUGGGCGAGGCGAUGGCCCGGUGCGAUUUCCUGCUCAUCCCAGUCCUGAGCACAACCAAUGGCAGGACAGCGAUUUCAGAAGCUGCCAAAGGCAAGAGCUUCGUCGCACUGCCCAAGGACUCCGAGGACUGGCAGCUGCUUCAAGAGAUUCAGCUCGCACAGGUGAAGAGUCAAGGACUUGACGAGGCGACUGGUCAAGCCAUCAUCGUGAAAAAGAAUGGACGAGUUGGCACACGAUUUCUUGGUGUGCCAGACUGGAACUCGCUCACGCAAGAGGUUGAUGCCAGGGUUCAAAUUGGCUUGGACACUGACAACAUUUGAAUGCUUGCGUAACUUGCGGCACCAGUGCAUGCUGACUUCCUAGCUCCUAGCGAAGCUAUGGAGUUUUUUUUUACCAUUUUCCAUCAUGACAAGCAGCCAGCUGUACAAGUGAUGCGGAGCC